CACGAAGGAGGAGGAGGGGAGGACAGCGGUGGGGGUGAGGACAGGAGGAGAGUGCGGGUUAAGGGACACUUUAGUCGCACAUUGUUACCAACUCGAGGAGCGGCGAGGACACUAGAUCGUAACACGUGAAUUUUCAUCCCGGUGGCCCGCUCGAACACUAGAAUCCAUGCAAGGUUGAGGAGGGAGAGUCAUAUGAGUCAUUUGGUCAAAACGCAGCAUCUUAAAGGACCACAGCAUCUUUGAGGUGAUGAUGUUGUUGCAAUGACUCAACUACAAUGGACGCAAGCAGGUUGAAUCAUGGCCGAACACAUUGCCGGACCCUCGCUGUCUUCCUGUGAUCUGGAGAGAGGGAAGUGUUCAAGUGGACUGUCCUGAGAUUGCGCCUCUCCUUCAGCCAUUAUCAGCUACAACUGUAGCUGGCCAGUCAUGGGUCUCCUAUGGGUGCUAUCUGUUUCCAUGUUGACGGCGUGUGUCGCCAUUCCUAUGGACGCGGCGGCGGGGAGCCACAGCCUGUUUACCUGUGAGCCUAUCAUGCUGCGGAUGUGUCAGGGGCUGCCUUACAACAGCACCUUCAUGCCCAAUGUGCUCAACCACUACGACCAGCAAACGGCCGCUCUUGCCAUGGAGCCCUUCCACCCCAUGGUCAACUUGCAGUGCUCUCCCGAUCUGCGGAUGUUCCUGUGCGCCCUCUACGCGCCUGUGUGCACCGAGUACGGCCGCAUGACGCUGCCCUGCCGCCGGCUAUGUCUGCAGGCCAAAAGCGACUGCUACAAACUCAUGGACAUGUUUGGUGUCAGCUGGCCGGACGAGAUGGACUGCAACAGAUUUCCGGACUGCGACGAGCCGUACCCGCGUGCCGUUGACCUGCUGUCAAGUGCCGACACGACCGAGCCCGCCGUCCCCGUUCAGCGCGACUAUGGCUUCUGGUGCCCCCGAGAGCUGAAAAUAGACCCGGAGCUAGGCUACUCCUUUAUGGGAGUCCGCGACUGCUCGCCACCUUGCCCCAACAUGUACUUCACUCGCCAGGAGCUGUCUUUCGCCCGCUAUUUCAUCGGCGUGGUGUCCAUUGUGUGCCUAUCUGCUACCCUCUUCACAUUUCUCACCUUUCUCAUCGACGUGUCUCGCUUCCGCUACCCGGAACGACCGAUCAUCUUUUACGCCGUGUGCUACAUGAUGGUGUCCCUCAUGUUUUUCCUGGGUUUCCUGCUGGAGGACCGUGUGGCUUGUAAUGCUGCCGUUCCCGGGAGGUUUAGAGCUUCCACUGUGACUCAGGGCUCCCAUAAUAAGGCCUGCACCCUCGUCUUCAUGGUUUUAUAUUUCUUCACCAUGGCGGGCAGUGUGUGGUGGGUCAUCCUGACCAUCACUUGGUUCCUGGCCGCCGUUCCUAAGUGGGGUAGCGAGGCUAUCGAGAAAAAGGCUCUCCUGUUCCACGCCUGCGCCUGGGGUAUCCCCGGCGCGCUCACGGUCGGCCUGCUCGCCAUGAACAAGAUCGAGGGCGACGGCGUCAGUGGCGUUUGCUUCGUGGGUCUCUACAACCUGCCGGCGCUGCGCUGGUUCUUGCUGGCACCACUGGGAGUAGACGUGGCGGUGGGCGUGGUGCUGCUACUAGCGGGAAUCGCAGCUUUGAACCGGGUCCGCAUGGAAAUCCCGCUGGAGAAGGAGAACCAGGAGAAGCUAGUCAAGUUCAUGAUUCGCAUCGGCGUGUUCUCUGUGCUGUAUUUGGUGCCUCUGCUGAUCGUUCUGGCCUGCUAUCUGUACGAGAACAGCCACAGGACCGUGUGGGAGACCACAUGGGUCCAGGAGAAGUGUCGAGACUACCAUAUACCCUGCCCUUACCAGGUAGAGCAGAGCAGCCGUCCUGACGUAUCUGUGUUCCUGCUCAAGUACGUGAUGAUGCUGAUCGUGGGCAUCCCAUCGGUCUUCUGGGUAGGCAGCAAGAAGACGUGCUUCGAAUGGGCCAGCUUCUUUCAUGGCAAGAAACGCAAAGAUGUCCUGGUCGACGGCAGUCGACAGAUCCUGCGGGAGCCCGACUUCACUCAGCUGCUCCUGAGGGACAACCUCGCGCCAGUGGCUAGGAAGUCGCGGGGCACGUCCACGCAAGGCACGUCCACGCACGCCUCCUCCACACACCUGGCCGACCCGGACGAGCCCCACAGCGGAAGCGCCAGUCGGGCGGGCUCGCUUCGCAGCGGACGCUCAGAGUCGAGCGGUUUCCGCGGCAGCCUGCGUCGCUCGCGGGAUGGCAGAUACACGGCCUCCAGCUUCCGAGCCUCCGACGAGCGCGGACCCUACGGCAGCACGCCCCAUCUAGACGACCUGUUCCGGACGAGAAACUCGAGCCUGUCGCGCCACGGCUCCGCGCACCCGCUGGACGGCCAGUCGCGCCACGACAGCCUCAGGGACCUAAGCUGCGUUCCGCCGGGGAUCCCGGCAAACGGCAUCCGCAUGAUGCCGGAAGAAGACGUGGCGUGAAGAAAUGUCGCGGACGUGAGACGGAUUGACGCCAGUCGCCUAUUUCCAAAACUGAUUUUUGCCAAACUACUACAUGGCGCCGAGACUCACCGGCUACUUUUGGAUGGUUUUAUUGCACCUUUGGAGCUCACUUAACUAGUUGGCCUUUCUUGUGUUGAACAGCAGGGUGGACCGAAUCCUAUUUCCUCGCUGACUUCACAUUUUGCCACACAGGCUUGCUAAAAUUUGAACGUUUUCAUGCUCGUCAAAGACUUUUUAAACCAUAUGUGUGUUCCAAAAAGCAAUGGAGUUGGGACUAUCAGGGCUGAGAAUCCAAACUUCUGCCUUACCGCCUGAAAAGCAACACGACAGGCGUGAUUUUUUAAAUUGUUUUUCAAGGUUUAAAAGUGAUUGCGAUAAAUGAAUGGACCGUACGAUGUGGAAUCUUGGUAAAUCAGGCUCGAAAUGGUCAUUUGUCAUAUUUGAAUAGUGAAUUGUUGCCUGUACUUGUUAGACCAGGGGUGGGCAAAAUAUUAUCUGCUGGCCACAUGCAGCCUGUUUGGGUAUUGAUUUAACCAACUGUGCAUUUAAAAGUCUCAAUCGAGAAAAAAAAAGCAUUUCCCCCCUACUUUGUAAUAGUUUAUAUCAUUUAGUUUGGUUCUCUUAAAAAAAAUAUUACCAAAAUACGAUAGUUAAUGAAAGGGUCCACUAUAAAUUACUACCAUAAUUUUCGGACUAUAAGCCGCGCUGCAUUGCAAAAACACACCUCCUUAAAACUAGUCAAAUUCCCUUGUUUUCUGUGUAAAUCUACUAGAAAUGAGAAAUUAUCUUCCAAUGCUUCAAGUAAAUUUAACUCAGAUUUCUUGACGUAAGAAAAAUAGCAAGCUGAAAAUAAGCGUAACAGACUUAUUUGAUGCAAUACAUUUGUAUAUUUAAUCUUACAAAAGCUUUGAAAUAUCAGAAAUGUUCUUAAAUCAAGAAUAUUAUUUAAACAUUAACAUUUACUUAAGUGGGUUCUUGAAAACUGCGCCCAAAGUGAAGAUAUGUGAAUUCUGUGUUUGUGGCGCCAUCAUGUGAACACUGAUAAAUGAAGAUGUAACUGUGAAAACAUCAUUGACUGCAACAAACUUUGUCCCUACGUCACACACGAGACCAAUGUUUACAUUAGUAAAUUAGGUGCUUUUCUGCUUCCAUUUCUUUACAAACUCUUGCAGCGGUUCAUAUUGAAGAACACAUGCAAAGGAUGAUUAUUUUUCACGCAUUGUUAUGAAUGUACUUAAAAAAUUAAUGAAGGCAGUUGGGUGUGGAAGUUUUAAUUUUUCUACAAACGUGCUGGUGUGGACGUAAUUUUUUCCCCCCGACGUAUCAGGGCAGGAACCUCGGAAUUUCUCUGCAUUCUAAAAAAAAAUCUGCUAGGCAUAGACAUGGCGUUAGGUAGCUUAUAGAGCCACGAAAUAUGGAAGACUUGCUAGAAUUGGUCCAAGCUGAAUCUAUACUCAUUGACACCAGCUGUUACAAGAUGACAACCAAUGACAAUAAAAUUCUGUUCGAUGAGUGAGCAUCGGCUACUACAGACGUUCCGCGCCGCCAACUUCUUUCUUCAGAAAUUGCAGAGCAAGUUACAAGUAGAGCAGUUACAGAACACACAUAUAUCAUACAACAUAGCAGGGAUAUGACACAAUGCAGAGGUCACGUGCAGGGAUUUUUUUGUACGAAAAAAAGAACUACCAGUCAUGGCUGGAGAAAAGGGGUGGGAGUCAGUGAUAGACUGGAGGAGGGGAGGCUGUGUGUGAGUAUGUAUGCACAAGUGUAUCAGUAUUUGUGCGUGUCUGUAGACAAAAUAAGGGAAGAGAAUCAAGGGCAAGAGAUAGGGCCAUCUGCGCGGUUCUCCCCAGGAGAAGGGAGUGGUGGGAUAAGGGUGUUGGGGAAAGGCAAAGGAAAAUUAUAAUCGAAUUAAGCCGAAUAAGUAAUGUAAUAUGUCCAAAUACAGUUCAGUUGGUCUUCAGUCAAAUUCGUGCUCCUUACGUAGGUGAGACCUCAGGUCCGUUAAGUCAUUGCCAAUAGUCGCCGUCUGCCUCGACAGUUCCGCCACCUGGCGCCAGGUAGCAUCCCCUUUUCUCCAUCCUUCCUCGGACCGAACCGUGAGUCCACCGAGCCAGGUCUCGAUCAGAGCCUCGACGCGGUCCUCCAAUGCUUUGAUUCGUGGUCAAUUUGUUGAUUUCCUUGAAAGCUGCCGUCUUGGAAACUUUCCGGUAAAGCAGGGCACCUCAUAAGCCAAGCAGAAGGAACCCCGCGACCGUCACCCCAAAUAUCCUCGAUAUCUUUCACAGGUAGGACAGUAAGACACGCUGGCUUCCAGUGAUCCAAUGAAUCUCGCAAGUAUCCAACGGCGAAGGUACCAUCUGGGCAAGACGACUCUACUGGUGCACCAUGUAUUGUUGAAGAAAUCUUGUCAAUUGCGCUGGGAGACCAACUAAUCAUUUUCGUAUGAGACCAGCAACAGUUCAUCCAGAGAAUACAAAAAAAGCAGACGGACUAGACUGACGAAGAUGGCAGCAGCAGGAGGAGCAGGGAGGAAACACGUCCGCCCCCGUCGAAGGCAGGAAGAAGAAACCCUAGAACGGAUAAUGGCCUUAAAAGUGUAACAAGUUAGACUAUACGGCACGCCAGCUACUCUAAUCUGCCUCUUAUCCUUGCAAGAACUUACACGGAUAAGUUAGCCGGCUAAUAUUACCCGUCGCUUAACUAGUAGACUUAGACUAGUGUGUCCGUACAACAAUCAGAUACUAAGGAAAGGACUUCAUGCCAUUUUUAGUGCGGCUUGACGGCAUCAUACGCAAUGGAGGCAGACGAUCACGACGUGGCAUUCCUGCUCUUUUCUUUUCCACACAUUUUUUUUACCUUCAAACUACGUCGCAAUAAUAUGCUUCAGUUCCGUGCCCAUUUGUGGUCCUCCCAUUGUGGAUGGUGCGGAGAUGAGCGUUUUCUUACAGAGCUCGUCUCCGAUCAGCCAGCUACUCCAAACUCUAUGCCAAUCGAACGUGAGUAUAUAAAAAUGCGUUUAGGAAAAUUAAACCCCGAAAAGUGACCUGCGUGGCACCCCCAGUCAAAAGGGCGCGCGAUCAGUUUUUUUCCAUGGCAUUUCCACCCUGUCAAAACAGUUGCUACUUCCAGGAUCACCACUGUUAUGCACAAGCACUCCAGGUUGCGGCUUCCAGGAAAUAUACGCAGCGCCACACCAUAUAUUAUUAUUUUCCAAAUGCUGAGAGCGCAACUGAGCAUCGAUUGUAACAUCCCAAAUAACGAUGUCAAGCUUUCAUCGUUUUUUUAAGAUUUAUUUCAAUCACAACUCAGCGUCUGUGCAUAAAUCCGAGCGUGCUUUCCCUUCCACAUGAUGCGUUCAGUUGUGUUCAUGAAAAAAAGUGAUCACAAAACGGAGUUCCUGACCCCUGGUCUAGAGGGUGUACAGUGGUAUGAAAAAGUGUCAAAGUUUUGGAAUUUCUUACAUUUCUGCAUAAAAUCACCAUCAAAUGUGAUCAGAUCUUUGUCAAAACACAGAUGUAAAAACAGUGUCUGCUUUAACUAAAACCACCCAAACAUUUAUAGGUUUUCAUAUUUUAAUGAGGAUAGCAUGCAAACAAUGACAGAAGGGAGAAAAAUAAGUGAAUCCUCUGCCUAAGGAAAGCGCAACUGAAACCAAUUUUUACCCAAAAACUUAAGUCAGGUGUGUGCCCAAUCAUUGAUGAUUGGUUUAACCCUGCCCACUAUAAAACACACACCUGGUAAGAAUUGUCUUGAUGAUAAGCAUUUUCAAAUGUGCAUCAUGGCUCGGUCAAAAGAGCUGUCUGAAGACAUGGGAUAAAGGAUUGUUGAUUUGUUUAAAGCUGGGGAAACCAUCUCUAAAAGUCUGAAUGUUCAUGAUUUGACAGUCAAAGAAGUUGUCUACAAAUGGAGAGAGUUUGGCACUGUUGCUCCUCUCCCAAGGAGUGGCCAUCCACCAAAGAUGAAGCCAAGAGUUCAACGCAGAAUAUUCAGAGGUUAAAAAAGAACCCUAGAAUGUCUGCUAAAGACUUAGAGAAAUGACUGGCACAGUCAAGUAUAUCUGUGCACACAUCAACUAUAUGUAAAACAAAACAAAAACAUUGUUGCUUGUUUAAUGUUUGCAAAAAAAAAAAGGGGGGGGGGCACAAAAUAUU